AUGGCAAUUUACUCAAAUUAUGGUCAGACUCCCUUGAAAAAGUCAUUUGAAGAAAAGAAGCAGAUGGUCAAUGCCUGGGAGCUUAUUCAGAAAAAGACCUUUACGAAAUGGGUCAACAACAAAUUAGACUUGAAAAAUAUACCCAACAUUGUCCAUUUAAACGAAGAUUUAGCAAAUGGUGUUCGUUUGAUCCAGCUGCUGGAAAUUAUUGGUGGUGAAUCACUCAAACCAUUCAAUCAAAAUCCAGGCAUGAUUUUUCAAAAGAUGGAAAACGUCAACAAAGCUUUGGAUUUCAUCAAACUGAGAGGCGUGGCGCUCACCAAUAUUGGCGCUGAAGACAUUGUCAACAAAAACUUGAAGCUUGUCUUGGGCAUGUUAUGGACCAUCAUUCUUCGAUUCACCAUUGCAGACAUCAACGAAGACGGUAAAAAUGCCAAAGAAGGUCUGCUGCUUUGGUGUCAGCGUAAAACGGCCAACUACCACGAUGUCGACAUUCGGGAUUUCACCUACAGCUGGACAGACGGUUUGGCCUUUUGUGCCCUGAUUCAUCACCAUCACCCAGAACUGAUUGAUUAUCACGCGCUGGAUAAGAGCGACCGACAUGGCAACACAGCUAUUGCAUUUGAAGCGGCUAAAAAGUUGAAUAUCCCUCAAUUGCUGGAUGUAGAAGAUGUGUGUGAUAUCUCGAAACCCGAUGAAAAGUCUGUCAUGACCUACGUAGCUGAAUACUUUCACGCUUUCUCAGCAAGAGAUGAAUUUGAAACGGCUGGCAGAAGAGUGGCUAAAUUUGCUGAUGUGCUAUUGUCCGUGUGUGAUAUGGAGCAUCAGUAUGAGCUACGAGUGCGUGCUUUGAUGGAAGCAGUCGAGUUUAUCCAAGAAGAAUGGGAUAAUACAGAGCUAACAGACAGCUACAUUGACGCCAAACAAAAGAGCAUGGCAUUCGACAUUUACAAGAGCACUGAUAAACGUUCGUGGGUUGCUGAAAAGAGAAACAUCGAUGCAUUGCUAGGCAACAUUCAAACCAAAGCCAAAACAUACAACCUGAAGCCAUACUACCCACCUGCUGGACUCACACUGAAGGAUUUGGACAAUACAUGGAACACUUUACUACAGAAUGAAGCUAAAUACCAUCGCAGAAUCAACCGUACCAUUCGAGAGAUCAAGGAGGGUCUACGAAAGGCCUUUGCCGAGGCAGCAAAUGAAUUUCAGAGACAGUUAGAUAGCAUCUCAGCUAAACUAGUCGAUCUGGAAGGAAGCCUUCAAUCCCAGCUUGCACUUGUUCAGGGAUUGACCAAUUCAUUUGAGCCAAUGCAAGAAUCUCUUCAAAUGAUCCACAUACUAGACCAAGAAUGUAUAGAGGCAAACACAGAGGAAAACGAUUAUACCGUGUACUCAUUAGAGGACCUCAGUUUUGGUUUGGAUCUGGUGAAAGAAGCAGUGCAAAAGAAGAGUGCGUUUAUACAGAACCAGAUUGUGUCGAGAAACAUGACCAACUUGACGCCAGUGCAAUUGGAAGAAUUCGAGCAAACAUUUAGAUAUUUCGACAAAGAUUAUACCAACACACUGAGCGCAUCUGAAUUCAAAUACGCUCUAUCAAGUCUAGGCAUUGUGUACGACAAUGAACGCCUGGAAAGCAUCUUUUACGACAUCACACACGACAAUGACUUUAUGUCAUUUGAACAGUUUAUUCGAUUCAUGGUGUCUGUUACUGAGGACAAAACGACACCGGGUCAAUUGCUCGAUUCUUUCAGAACCAUCGCUGGCGAUAAACCCUUUGUCACGGAACUGGAUCUGAAAAUGAGCCAGAUCCCUGUCUCCAUGAUAGACUAUCUCAAAAAGAUGAUGCCUAGGAGCUAUUCUGAUAAUGAAAUGGAUUAUGAAUCAUUUGUUCAAGACAUGUUUAUUAAUUAA